AAGGGACCCAGCGGGGCUCCGGCCGCCCGACGGUGGAGGCAGCGAUGUGAGCUGGACGCCCGCCCCGGAGGAGGCUGCAGGCUGGAGAGAAGGUCUCCGGAGAGGCGCCGGCCGUGCCAGGAAGUCAACUUCAAGCAGAUUGAUGUGAAUCGGAAUUGCAUUUGGGAAGCUUAAGUGUCCAAUAAACUGCAUUAUUUUUUUUCUCAUUUGGAAAAUCUCAAGUACCAGUGGCUUAUCAGCCUGUAUUUUACUUUCUGAAAACCUGGCCCAUGUGGACUUCGGGUAGAAUGAGCAAUGCAAAGAGCUGGCUUGGACUCGGCAUGUCCUUGUACUUCUGGGGACUGAUGGACCUUACGACCACCACCGUUCUCCCGGGCACACCUACGCCACAAAGCGAGUUAGAAACGUACCUGUCAGACAAGCCACAGUCACACCAGCGAACCAAGAGAAGCUGGGUUUGGAACCAGUUCUUUGUUUUGGAAGAGUACACUGGAACUGAUCCUUUGUAUGUUGGCAAGCUUCAUUCAGAUAUGGACAGGGGAGAUGGAUCCAUCAAAUACAUUCUCUCUGGAGAAGGUGCAGGCAUGAUGUUCACCAUCGAUGACACCACUGGAGACAUCCAUGCCAUUCAGAGGCUUGACCGAGAGGAGAGGGCCCAGUAUACUUUAAGGGCUCAGGCCCUGGACAGGCGGACAGGCAGGCCCAUGGAGCCAGAGUCAGAGUUCAUCAUCAAAAUCCAAGACAUCAACGAUAAUGAGCCCAAGUUCCUGGAUGGACCAUAUGUUGCCACUGUUCCAGAAAUGUCACCAGUGGGUACCUCUGUAAUCCAGGUGACAGCCACAGACGCUGAUGACCCCACCUACGGCAACAGUGCCCGGGUAGUGUACAGCAUUCUCCAGGGCCAGCCAUAUUUUUCUGUGGACUCCAAAACAGGUGUAAUUAGGACAGCACUCAUGAACAUGGACAGAGAAGCCAAGGAGUACUAUGAAGUGAUUAUCCAAGCCAAGGACAUGGGAGGGCAGCUUGGAGGCUUAGCUGGGACAACAACAGUCAAUAUCACCCUCUCAGAUGUCAAUGACAACCCACCUCGCUUUCCUCAGAAACAUUAUCAGAUGAGUGUGCUGGAAUCAGCUCCCAUUAGCUCCACUGUGGGGAGAGUGUUUGCCAAGGACUUGGAUGAAGGAAUCAAUGCACAAAUGAAGUAUACUAUUGUGGAUGGAGAUGGUGCAGAUGCCUUUGACAUUAAUACAGAUCCCAAUUUCCAAGUUGGCAUCAUAACUGUGAAGAAGCCCCUGAGUUUUGAAAGCAAGAAAAGCUACACCUUAAAAGUAGAGGGAGCCAACCCUCACCUAGAGAUGCGUUUUUUGAAUCUGGGCCCAUUUCAGGACACAACAACUGUGCACAUCAGUGUGGAAGAUGUGGAUGAGCCCCCAGUCUUUGAGCCUGGCUUUUAUUUUGUGGAGGUACCUGAGGAUGUGGCAAUUGGAACCACCAUACAGAUCAUUUCUGCCAAGGACCCAGAUGUGACGAACAACUCAAUCAGAUAUACGAUUGACAGAAGCAGUGAUCCUGGAAGAUUCUUCUAUGUUGACAUUACAACAGGUGCCCUAAUGACUGCAAGACCCCUUGACCGGGAAGAAUUUUCAUGGCAUAAUAUAACUGUCCUUGCUAUGGAAAUGAACAAUCCCUCCCAGGUUGGAAGUGUUUCUGUCACAAUCAAAGUCUUAGAUGUGAAUGACAAUGCUCCAGAGUUCCCCAGAUUCUAUGAAGCGUCUGUCUGUGAAAAUGCCAAAGCAGGGCAGCUGAUCCAGACAGUGAGUGCAGUGGACCAAGAUGACCCACGUGCCGGUCAGCGCUUCUACUACAGCAUCGCUCCCAAGGCUGCCAACAACCCCAAUUUCACCGUAAGGGACAACCAAGAUAACACUGCCCGGAUUCUAACCAGGAGGUCUGGCUUCCGGCAGCAGGAGCAGAGCGUCUUCUACCUGCCCAUCCUGAUAGCAGACAAUGGGCAGCCAGCGCUGAGCAGCACAGGCACACUGACUAUCCAGGUGUGCAGCUGCGACGAUGACGGCCAGGUUAUGUCCUGCAGCCCCGAGGCCUACAUGCUCCCAGUCAGUUUGAGCCGGGGUGCCCUAAUCGCCAUCUUGGCUUGCAUCCUUGUCCUCUUAGUGUUGGUGCUACUCAUGUUGUCCAUGAGGCGACACCGGAAACAGCCCUACAUCAUAGACGACGAGGAAAACAUUCACGAGAAUAUCGUCCGCUACGAUGAUGAGGGCGGCGGCGAGGAAGACACCGAGGCCUUUGACAUCGCGGCCAUGUGGAACCCCCGGGAGGCACAGACGGGAGCCGCCUCGAAGACGCGGCAGGACAUGGUGCCCGAGAUUGAGAGUCUCUCCCGCUAUGUGCCUCAGUCGUGCGCUGUGAACAGCACCGUCCACAGCUACGUGCUGGCCAAGCUCUAUGAGGCCGACAUGGACCUGUGGGCCCCGCCCUUCGACUCCCUCCAGACAUACAUGUUCGAGGGGGACGGCUCCAUAGCUGGCUCGCUGAGCUCCCUGCAGUCGGCCACUUCAGACUCUGAGCAGAGCUUCGACUUCCUGACGGACUGGGGGCCGCGCUUCCGGAAGCUGGCGGAGCUGUACGGGGCGUCAGAGGGGCCCGCGCCCCUGUGGUGACGGAAGCCGGGAGGCACGUGUCCCAGUCCGGGCGCGUUCCCGGCAGAUGCUUCGCGGACCGACGAGGUGCAGACAACCACUGAAGCAAUACUGUGCUGGAGAGCGUGAACGGGGGUGAGCCUGGCGGACAGAGCUCUCUCUGGAUCAGCUUUACUUGAUUAGAUUAAGUUAAUCAAAAAGAAACAGAGGAAGAGGAGGGCAGAAUAUGCAAAUACCUUUUUUCAUUUCCUUAUCUUUUAGUUUUUGGAUACUGGAUUCAAAGGCUUGGAGUCCAAGAUGGUGGGCGUGCUUGGUUUUUCUUUGCCGUUUACCAAGGUCUUUGCCACUUCACCACUGCAAAGAUGCCCUGACCUUAAAUACAGAGGUGAAAAUUGAAAAUGGAAAGCAGAUAGAAAGUUCUACUCUCGUAUGUUUUUUUCUUUAAUCUUAUUUUAUUCUCCAUUUAAGAAUUUUGGUGGCUCGUCAAAACUGCAGAAACCAACCCACACAAAAGAACGUGUUCCUCAGAACCAAUCGACAGAACAAGUUCCUUGGUGAAAAUAACCUACUUGUUCUGGGAUGGAUGGAAUUUCUUUUAACCCUUUUUGAGACAAGGUUAAGACAGUCGGCCUUGCAUG